AUGGCCAAACGCAAUGGUGGAAGUAGCUGUAGUUGCAGCGACGAUGAUGACGAUGACGACGAUGACGACGAAGAAAAAUACGAAGACGAUGACGACAGCGGAUCGUGUUCGAGCUGUUCGACCGCGGAAGCCGACGACAGUGGCGGCGUUGGCGACGGCGUGACCCGACGGCGGAUGACGUGCGACCGGACGACCGCAGCGGCCGCGGCCACGUCGUUUGACCUGCUAGACGCCCGGCGCCUGCCGGACCUUUUGGACGCCGAGCGACUGGUGGCCAUCCUGGACGGGUGUCUGGAAUCAGAGUACGUGCGAGGCUGCGUGGUCGAGACGUGGGACGUGGUGCUCAGCGAACACCUGGAGGCCAUUGCGCACCUGGUGCUGUACCAGACACCCGAGCACGCCGUCAGCCAGACCGUGUACGAACAGCUAGUCGGACUGUCUGCGUCCCUCCGCCCACCCACCAACGACGGCCAGAAACAGCAGCAACAGCAAAGGCGACCGGCCCGCGUGGACGCGGAACGGGUGUACGGCACGCUCAGGUCAGCGGCCCGAUCGCUGUUGACCACCCGGGUGGACGCGUGCUGCCGGCAGAGCAUGUGCCGGGCCGUUGGGCUGGCCGUGGCCGCGCUCCGGUGCAGCACUCGGCCUGUGUUCUCGGUGGAAAACUUCGUGGUCGAGAUCAACGAGGCGGCCAACUUUGCCAACCUGUACUGCACCGGGUACGCCAAGCGUAUAUGCGCCGCGCUCGAGGGAAUCUAUGACACGGUCAUGGCCGGAGACUACCACCCUACCAACGUCAUGGUCCAGAUGGCCGUUAUGGACAAGUGCAUCAGGGCGGCGGUGCGGACGCUUUCCGACGGCCGGGCGACGGCCGCCCAGAAGACGGCCGCCCAGCGGUCGCUGCUCGCCGAGCUCGACGACGUGGGCGCGACGGUGCGCAUGAAGAACUACGGUUGCGUGGACGACGCGGCCGCUGACUCGCCGCCGCACCAGCUCGCGAUGGCCACAGCAUCGUCCCGGGCCAACAGGUUCGUCCACUUCACCAUGAGCCCGUGGCGGGCGCCCAUCCGCAUGUACCACCAACAGUCGCCGACCAGCGUGGACCAGGUGCUCAGGGCCACCGUCCGCCUGGUUGAGGCGCUCGUCGCCGAACUGUUCAAGCCGUGUCUGAGCAGCCGGAACCGCAUCCGCCGCCACCGCCGCCGCCACACGUCCAGCAGCCGUCAGCCACACGACAAACAGCUCUAA